UUGUCUGGUUCUCUUUAAUACUACACUGCAGUUAAGUUUUGUAAAGAUAAUGAAACGUCUUUAAGGACCUUCAAACGUUCGCUCUGAUGAAGUGAUCACGCUGUCCGAUAGUCCGCUUGAACAUAUAAAUGCCAAUCCAUUAACCAACUUUGCAACCCCUAAUCCGCCAAAAGAAAGUCUCCCAACAUGGGCUUCUCUUACUCGCCAUUCAACCACUUCUGGCCCGGGAACUCCUGCAUCAACACCAAAGUAUCUUCCCAGGCCUAUGAAACAUAUCAGUCCAGCUAGCGAAGCUGAACUGGAAAGAGCUGGAUUUGAUCCAAUAGAGGGGUCGUCGUUACGGUAUCCCGCUGAUGAAUAUCUUCGGCAGUAUGAAAUAGAAAUCGUUAAAUCCUGUAUCGCUCUGAAUUCUACUGUUUCGUUACCUUUGGCCGUAUCAGCCGACCAUAUCUGUGCCGUUGUGAUAGUGAACUUUUUGAGGUGGUUCCCAAGAAGUCGUGCGAUAUUUUGCUGCAACUCAUUGGAAGCAGCCGAAAUCUUUUGCGAACGUAGCGUUGCUGUUGGAAUUGCAGCCGAAGAGAUCUCUACUAUAGACACAUUCCAAACCUUCAAGAAAAUUUCAACGCAUAAGGUUGGUCGAGUGAUUCUAACAACCCCACAGGCUUUCGAAAAGAUUGUGGAGUCGGGCUCCACAGUGGUUGAAGAUAUCCGUUGUGUUGUGUUCUGCUUAGAUGCAUCUGAAAACCUGCGAUUUACCAAGUACAAGAAUAUUGUAGGAUCUUUAACAGUGAAAGGAAUACUUUUCCGUGUGAUUCUGGUAACUCCAUCGGUCCCCUCAAUGUCGAGAAAAAUUGGUCCAUUGAGAAAGAGGCAACAGCUGAUUACGUCGUUAUUAAUAUCCCAAUGGAUUGAACCUCCCGCUUCGGAUUCCUCGUUCAGAAAAGAUUCUGUUCCGUUAGGAUUAUCCACUGAAUAUUGUGGCAAUAUAGAAGUUUUGUCCGAGACACGAUCUUUCAUUGAGAAAUGGCUAGAGAGAAGUACAAAUUAUUUGGAAAAACUGCAUGCAUUUAUUCCAUUGCCCUCUACAAGGCCAGAGCACCUCUUCACGCUGGACUGGGGUCAAAUAGCUUUGAAGGCGAAGUCAUCAACAGAUGAAACUAUACAACUUGUCGUUAACUGCAUGUUUUUGGUAGAAGCCGCUAGAAACUUGAUUAUUAAUGGUCCACGCGUAUAUCUCUUAUAUUGCAUUGAUCUGUUUGGAAAAGCUGAGAAAGAUUCCCGUGCCGGUAACAUACAACUUAUGAUUCUUAGUGAUACAUUGUUAUCGAAGAUCUAUCAAACGAUACAGGCAAAGUACUCUUACAACAUGGCAAGCCCAGUAAGAUGUCUUAUCUUGUGCGAGAACGAAUUUGUAUCAAAGGCCGUUUGCGAGUCUAUCAGCGACACGCCGAAAAUGCUCAGCGCCAUCGUGAGGGUUGUACCGCAUCCUGAACCACCAAGCACUGUAAGAUGUCUUAUCUUAUGUGAGAACGAAUUUGUAUCAAAGGCCGUUUGCGAGUCUAUCAGCGACACGCCGAAAAUGCUUAGCGCUAUCGUGAGGGUUGUACCGCAUCCUGAACCACGUCAUGGUGGACAACAUGUAGCCAUACUAAGCGAUGAGCAUGAGAAAUUGAGGCCGACAGAUGGACGAAUUUUGAAGACAACCGAUGAAUUGUCGUGUAGAAGGAGCUCAUUAUUUGGUGGCAGUGGAAUGAGUGCUAUAGAUAGGCCGACAGAUGGACGAAUUUUGAAGACAACCGAUGAAUUGUCAUGUAGAAGGAGCUCAUUAUUUGGCGGCAGUGGAAUGAGUGCUAUAGAUAGAUACAACUUCAGCUUCGAAUUCAGUCGUUUGCAAUUGGCUAGCAGCGAAAUGCAGCUAUCACAAUAUCUUCCUCAUCUUGGUCACGUAGCUGGUGAUGGUGGAGCUGUAGAAUGGCAAGUGACAAAAAUUAACUCAGCUAUAUCUCAAUUGCCAACAUAUUGA